AUGUCGACCAACCAACUUGUUCGAUGCUCUCCAAUUUCAUCCGAUUGUUUGGGAAUAGCGAAGAAGCAGGGCUCAUUUGUACUAAAGAGGAAUGGCUGUGAGAUGAACGCUACCAUGACCUGCAGGUAAAUUGCUUACCGCGGAUAAUUCGUAAACAAGCUUUCCAGAGGAAAUUUUAUCACCUUUUUCAUUACCUGUAUCACCCUUUCUGUUCAUAGUAUUCAUUACUUCAGAACUAAAACGGAUCGAAGUCUUACCAUCUAGGCACAAUUACUAAACUCUACUUCAUGGAUCUUGAACUUCUCACUCUAGACGCCAGAGAUCAGCGCUAUUAUGGCGUUGCUUUUUCCUUAUUUCAUUGCCCAUCAAUGACCAAAGCUUUAGAGAAAGUAGCGGAUAAAAUAAUUCAUUUCUGAUGACGUUAUUAUUCUUGUGAGUAUUACUGAAGGUUCGCAUGGUACUUCAUAGGCUGAAAACACUGAUACACCACGCAAAUGACGAUCAAAAUAAACUCCGUACAAGGACUUAUAUUUCUGUGUUGUGCUUCCUGUUGAGAAUUUCAAGUCUCGUGUUAAAAAAAAAUGAUUAGACAUAUUACUGUUGCUUCGAACAGGUGUUCGCUGUUCACAUUUGUGUGCUGCAGGCCAGCCUCUCAAACGCUCCCACUAAUUUAGAGGAUUGUUGAUAUCAUUUUUCGAUGAUAAAUUUCUCUUCACAGCGUACUCUUAUAAAACUAUACUUUAAAUCAAUUGUUAAAAGAUAUUUUUGAAAAGCACAAUUCUUGCUCAAAACGGUCGGCAGAAAUGCGUGGCUAUAUCAUUAGAUUUAUUUAGCCAACCAAAUUAUCGCGCAGGCUCGAGUAUAGAUCUUUGUAAGCCACGUCUGAAUCCAAUAUUACUUGAAAAUAACAAGAGAUGCGAUAUGACUUGAACUGAUAAUACAUUCUGUUCUUUCAGAGUCUUUAUCUUGUCAGUCGGUCAUUAAAACGGUUAAGGGCUCAAACAAAACGCCGAUUUGAACUUCGUAUAAAUAUUUAUUAACAAUUCCGUAAGGAGCCAAAAUUGACACAACAGACUGUAGUUUGUAGCAGUCUCCAGCAUUUAAAGGUUGAUAACUGGAGCUGUUUCGCACAAGCUGCUGCUACAGCGAAAAAAUAAUAAUAAAAAAGAAUAAGCAGUAUACUUGAAGUAAGUUUCGUUCACCAAUGGUCCUUUUGAAAGUGCGCUAACGAAUGAAGGAACGAAUCAGGAUCCAAAGAGAGCUCUACCGGCAAGAAAGUUUCGACAAAGCUUUAGUUGAUUGCGACUAUUCACCAUAAUAUUUACAUUGCUUAGAUGCACUUUGGUGCCACUUAUACACUAAGUUACCUCUAUAAAUCUCAUGUUAAUGUGAGGGUUGCAAAUAGUGAUUUGGCAAAGUUAGAUCCGCCGCCUAAUUUUAAAGUGCUUGAUAGAUUUUGUGACUUCUAAAGAGGUGAAUAGACUUUUGCAUCUUGAUAUUGUACAGGGCAAACGAUAAAGACGAGCAAGGAAUCACCAGUUGUUUGUCAGCGGUUGAAGGACAUCUACCUUAUUUGAACCGGAAGUGUGGCUGUCCGGAAUGUAUUAUCGCCAGCGAAAAGAUGGAAUUAAAGCACCCCUGUGGGAUCCAAAACGGACGUCAAGGUUUAUGCCUGAAUGAAUCCUUCUUCAACCAAACUAGAAACGAAUACAUUCAUAAGCAUCAAACUAAGGAACACAGAAAAGAAACAAAUCAUUAUAACGCUCAGCUACGAAACGGCACUGGUUCAUCGUGGCCAAAAAAACACAGAUUCACGGAACCAGCAUGUGACAAAAUUUCCUCUCCUUUACAAUACAAUAACAAUAACAGAAUGUCCGAAAUGUAUGCAACUACGCUUGGUUCAAAUGGGACAAAUACCUUUUCCAGAAUGCUGAGCAUAAGCCCUGUUGGUAAAGGAAACCAAACUGAAACAAACCAGUGGGCAUGGAAUGGCUCCCUGGACUCUUUUAGCAAUCAUCAAACUGAACUGAAAUUAUCAAGUAUUCAACAACCUCAUCCCACCCAACAACUCAGUAGAGACCCACGCUUACGGAGAAAAAGUGAAAUGUUGAAUGGAAAUGAUGCUUCAAGUAUAUAUUAUGUGUACCAAGCUCAAGACAACGCUCAGCUUGUGCAAGGGGGCCAGGAAGGACACAAACAACAAAGCAACAAAAAUAACAACAAGGGAUGCCAGGACCAAGGACUAAAGAGAGCUCUAGACUGGAAUAUGUCAUCACAGCCUCAGCACCCCCAACCACAGCACAUACCAACUAUCUACCCAGAGAGAAGUGGAUUGAAUACAAAAAUAAGGGAACAUAAACGAAGUGUUAACGAAAGGAAAGACCAACCAUGCCGGGUAAGCAAGCCGUCGCGAAUAAAGCUCGAAGAACUCUUAAAGAAACAUAAUACAUUUGACGGACGUUCUUAUUUACACAAUGCUACUCGUUGGAAUUAUCCAUAUGUUCAAGGCGAGAAAACUUGCAGAACAUCUAUGGCGGAAAAUAAAAAAGGUAUGAAAAGGGCACCGACGUCGGUAGAUAACUGUGGCUCUGAAAGCAAACGAGCAAAGGGCAAUUUCAAUUCAUUUCCAAAUGACCAUGGGCUUCGAAGCAAGUCACCACGGAACACCGACAAUGAAGAAUUGGAAAAUGAAACCCAACAUUUAGAAAUGGUUGCCCGUGAAGAAAGGAUAAGAAAAUUGAAAAAUCUGCUUGCUAAACAAGAGAAAGCACUGGAAUCACUGAGAUUUCGAAAGAACUCUUCCAACGACAAAGCUAUUCCUAAACCCUCUGUAAGAAGUGAAGCAAUUUCCCAGAAAUCAGGUGAUCAAGGGAACACAACCAAAAGCAAUGACCCGCCUCACUCUAACUCAUCAUCAGGGACGACUUUGGGAAAUUCGUUGAAGCGGAGAUGGCUCCAAAACUGGAAUGAGGGAGAGGAGCACGGGCAUGAAACCCCCUUUGAGAAGGAGAAAGAAAACGAAAGGCAAUCUAGCGGUAGCCUAUCUGAAAACGAAGAUCAGAACCUCAGUAAUGCUGAAUUUACAGCAUUGGAAGGACUCGUGACACUCAGCAAGAAUUAG